AUGAUACUAAGAAGAAAUAAUAUAAUACCACUCCGCCAUUUGACUUCAGGUUGUCGGCUCUUUGCUAGAAAAGCAGCCACUAAAAAGGCACCGUCACCUCUACUUGAGGAAUGGGAUCGCGGGGGGAGAAAUCAAGAUACAGGACUUUCCCCUUUAUUAGCAUCUAUGAAGCGAUUGAUAGAUCUGAAUCCUGGGUGUGUUAGCUUAAUCCAAGUUGGGAGUUUUUAUGAACUUUAUUUCGAGCAGGCGGAGGAAUAUGGUCCUAAAUUGGGACUAAAGAUUGCAAAAAAGAAAACCCUGAAUCAUGUUGUUCCAUUCGCCGGAUUUCCAACUACACAAUUGCGAAAAUUUACAGAAAUGCUAAUUCAUGAACAGCAAGUUAACGUUGCCAUUAUUGAUCAAUGUGACCAAGGGUCCAAGACAAAUCAAAAUUUGGUGCAUCGUAAGAUUUCAAGAAUCAUUACACCUGGGACAUUAAUUGACGAGUCGUUUCUAAAUUUCAACGAGAAUAACUACCUUGUUGCCAUUUCGUUUGCUCCCAGCUCAUUGAGUCUUCCACCAGACCCACAAAUGAAAGUUGGACUAUCAUGGACUGAUAUUUCCGUUGGUGAAUCAUUUGUACAACUAACCACAUUAGGUGAAUUGAGUUCAGAUAUUGCCAGAAUCAACCCCAGUGAAAUAUUGCUACCUAAGGAGUUCCAAGACCACAAUUUACAUUUGGGUCAAUGGUAUAGCCCCUUACAGGAAUUGAAACGCUAUAUCAUCAGGUAUCAUAGUACUACCAACUAUAACGAGUUGAAAUUACAAUAUCAUGACAGUAUUCAAAAAGUUAGAAGACAUUUGGAAACUUUUUCUCCACGAGAACAAGCUGCCUUAAAUAUGAUAAUGUCGUACAUGAGUAUAAACUUACCUGAUGUUGAUAUUUUGAUGACUUUGCCAACUAGAUAUUUCAAUGAGACUUGUUUACAGAUGGAUUCAAGGACAAGAGAAGCUUUAGAGUUAACCGAGAGAACGAUAGCUGGAAGAACCUCUUCUGUUGGUUCAUUGGUUUCUGUCAUUAAGCGAACAUGCACAUCGUCCGGUACGAGGUUGUUAACUGAAUGGAUAAAGUCCCCAUCUUUAGACACCAAAGAUAUCGAAAAGAGACAAUCAUUUGUAAAAAUGUUUUUGAAAAAUCAGCACUUAAAAAUAGUGACUAGACAGCAUUUACAGCAGUUGGGUGAUUUCAUAAGAAACUUGCAAAAGUUAGUGGUGGGACGUGGAGAUCCUGUCAAUCAGUUAGUGUAUGCAGCAAGCACUUUGGAUGGUUUACAAAAAUUACGGGAUUUUUUGGUUGAAGAAUACGAACAGAACCCCAAAAAAUUGUCUUGUUUAAAAAAUCUCCUUGAAAAAUUUGACAUCCCAAAACAUUUAGCAGAGAAAAUAUAUAACACAAUAGAUAUUGAGGAACAGACAAUUCCCGGUGAAGGUAGUGAAGAGAUCGAGGAGCCAACAGAGGUAGUUGAAGAUACUAAUCUGAGUUACACUAAUAGUUUCCUAGAGAAAUAUCGAUCAAAACAAGAGGGGAACACGGACGCAGAAAAUUUUUAUUCUGUGAAAAGAGAUUUCAAUGACGAAUUGAAGAUUUUGCAUGACGAGUUGAGUGAGUUGGAAGUGGAGGAACACAAACUUUGGAGUAAGUUGCGCAAUGUCCUUGACGAUAUUGAUGUGAAAUUAAAUAUCGGCAAAAAAAUUGUACUUGGCCGUUACAAUAAUGUAAUUUUAAUAACUGGCAAAACAUCUUCAAUAAGUAAAGCAAGUGCUAAAUUGGAUGGUGAUAUUCUCUAUGAGAAAAAAAUGUCACUUGUAUACAGAUCAACAGAAUGGAAUGAUAUUCAGCAUCUAAUAUUAGACAAAAAGGAAGCCAUUUUGUUGGUUGAAAGAAAAAUCAUAGAAGAGCUCAAACUGGAAGUAACACGGAGAUUUCCUGAAUUUCGUGAAUUGGCUGGGUUGGCUGAUUUUCUAGAUGUCACUUCUUCCCUUGCAAUUGUCGCAGAAGAGAACAAUUGGACCUGUCCUAAGUUAAUUAAAACUCCUCGUCUCUCAGUGGAAGGUGGUAGGCAUGUUGUUGUUGAAUCUAGUUUGAAAGAUUCUGGCAAUAUGUUUAUCCCCAAUGAUUCCAAAAUGGGUACAGAUGGGACUUUGUGGGUUAUCUCGGGUCCCAACAUGGGAGGUAAAAGUACUUAUUUAAGACAGAAUGCUUUAAUUGUGAUUUUAGCACAAAUUGGUUCAUUUGUUCCCGCUGAAAAGGCAACUAUAGGGUUGGUUGAUAAAAUUUUUACUCGUAUUGGAGCAACUGACGAUUUAUUCAAUGAUUUGAGUACUUUUAUGGUGGAAAUGGUUGAGGUAAGCAACAUUUUAACUAAUGCAACCCCGCUGUCAUUAGCCAUUGUCGAUGAGAUUGGACGAGGAACAAGUGGCAAAGAAGGAUUAGCAAUCGCAUAUGCUACAUUACUCAGUCUAUUGCAAGUUAACAAAUGUAGAACCUUGUUUGCUACACAUUUUGGAAAAGAAUUGGAACAGCUUUUGGUUGCCAAUAAUAUAGACCAAAAAAAUAUUCGCUAUUUUCGUACAAGAGUAUUAGAGAAUGGCGACAAUGAGAAAGGCUUUGUUAUCGACCAUACAUUGGAGCCGGGAAUCAGUGAACGUUCUCAUGCAUUAGAUGUUGCCCGAAUGGCAGGGUUUCCUGAAAACGCACUAAAGGCUGCAGAAAAAGUACUAGAUAAUUUAUAG